UGUUUCUUGGGGCCUAGCCCCGCUCAUCUACCAAAAAAAAAAAAAAAACUCAUAUUCCCUUCUUUCUCCCUAAUUCCUUCGACCACUUCUUCCUUUCUUUUUCCAGCUGCAGCGAUUCUCACUUCCCCACACUCUUCUUCAUCUUUCUUUCUUUCUUCACCCAAAACAACCUCAAAUACCACCUUUAAACUACAAUUAUUGGAAGAAAAAUUUGUUCUUUCAAGAAGCUCUUGGAUAAUUUUUGGGUGCUAGGAUUUAUGCUCUAAAAGAGGAGAAGAGUACUCAUCUAAUAAAGAGUAUUCAGUUGAGGCAGCUGAGCAGGAGGCUGCUUCAGUUACAGAUUGUACAAUUACUUCUUUUUGGUAUGACAGAUGGAAGAUGAUUAUAGUAUCCUAGUAAGGCCCCCUCUAUUUAUUCAAUGACACCUCAGUGUCAGCAAUAAAUAGAUCAUACAAUGGAAGCUCAAGCAAAAUAAAAAGACAACUCAGUGCAUCAAAGCUCCAGCUAUUGGCGAAGUCUGGGAAGGGACCGACCACUUGGUCUAUUGUAUGCCUUAUCCUGUUUUUCACACAAGAGGCUGGACUUAAAUUUGUGACCUCAGUCACAUGGCAAGCUCAAGCACAAUGAGGACUAACAUUUCAAAGUAAAUCAAUAAUCAAGGGAUGACAGGAUCACCAGCCUAGUCUUUUAACAUUUAUUACCCCCAUUGCAUUCUGCUUCUCUAGACUUCAGCCAAGACAGUGAGAUUCAAGCAAAAGUUGCAAUUUCUGUGCCUCCACCUCAUUGGCAGGUCUCGUGACAACAAUCUGCUGAAGCUUGAAGUUUCUGACCUCAAAUCUACACAUUGGUUAUGUGAUAGUUAGGGUCUAGGGGUGCAAACUGGUCAGAUCAAUCUAAUCAACCUGUCCUACUCAAAUCGGUCCAAAGCCAAAAAAAAUAAAUCAGAUUGGACUCAUGGAUUGGAUGCUGAAAGGGGAUAUUCGAUCCAUAUUGAAAAAUUAGAAGAGUGCAAAAGAAGGAAGAGUACAAGAGAAGGAAGAGGCAACGUUUCUUUCUCCUAUCUUUAUAUAAAACUAUAACAUUUCAGCCUUGAUGCUACAAAGUGAUCAAGUGCACCAAAAUGAAGAGAAACAGUAGCAGCAGAGGACUAGUAAACAUGAAGAAAAAGACCCUCAAUCUGCCUGAAGAAUUGAUAAUUCAGAUCCUGUUGAGGCUGCCAGUAAAGUCCCUUGUGCGCUUCAAGUGCGUGUGUAAGUCAUGGCUUUCACUAAUCUCUGAUCCCCACUUUGCAGAAUCAAAUUUUAAACUUGCUGCCACCACACCCACCCACAGGCUCUUGUUCAUAGCAAAUUCUGCUCCGGAAACUCGAUCUAUAGACUUAGAUCAUGAUGCAAUGUCUCUUAAUUCUUCUGCUUCCAGUACGGCAAAACUUAAUUUUCUGCAGCUUCCUCCAUCAUCUUAUUUUAGUCUUAGCAUUGUUGGUUCGUGUAGAGGGUUUCUGCUUCUGAAUUGUAACACAAAUCUAUUUCUUUGGAAUCCAUCCACCGGUGUUCACAAUCAAAUACUUUGUUCACCUAUUGCAUCCAAUGUGAAUGCCUUCCUAUAUGGUUUUGGGUAUGACCCGUCACAAGAUGACUAUUUGGUUGCUCUAGCAUCAUAUGAAAGAAAUACAACUGAUUUUUUGACCCAUUUGGAGUUUUUCUCAUUGAGAGCUAAUACAUGGAAAGAAAUUGAGGAUACUCAUUUGCCUUAUAUGAAUGCUGGUUUUUAUUGGAACGGUGGUGGUGGUGAUCCUAAAGUAGGGUCGCUCUUGAAUAAUUCUAUUCAUUGGGUGGCUUUUCAUCAUGAUACAUUGGUGGAUCUUAUUGUUGCAUUUGAUUUAAUUGAAAAGAGAGUUUCUGAGAUACCUCUGCCAGAUGAUUUUGAGCAUGAACCAAUAGAUUAUGAUUUGUGGGUAUUUGGAGGGCUUCUAAGUUUGUGUGUUCAUCAGGAAGACGAUGAUACAAUUAAUAUAUGGGUGAUGGAGAGGUACAAAGUUCAGUCAUCUUGGGUUAUUACUCUUGUUGUAUCUUUUAGUGAAAUUCCCACUCAAUACUUUUCCCCAAUAUGCUCUACAAAAAAUGGUGACAUUGUUGGAACAGAUGGUGAUAAAGGACUGGUGAAGUAUAAUGACAAAGGACAGCUACUAGAGCAUCACUCUUAUGAUGAAUAUCCUUAUGUUUCCCUAGUCAUGUAUACAGAGUCUCUGCUUUCACUCCCUGUUGUUGGUGAUUAAGAACUAGCACUAGCAAGCUGAAAAUGUGUGACAAGAACAAACAAGAAGAAUGCGGUUGUGUAAUAUCAUGUAUGCCUCUUUAGAAUGAGGUUUCUCUUUUUAUUUGCAUUAUUGUGAUAUACAAUAUUGAUGAAAUUUAAGUUUUCUUAACUUUUUUUUAAAAUAA